GGCAAAUGGCUGAUGGUUUUUAUCAGAUUCAGUUGGAGGCCGUUGACAUUUCGCGCGGACGGCGUCACCAACACGAAAAGGGGCAAUUUUGCAAGGCACUAUAAAUUUAGGGUUUUUAUAACUGCAGUAUAAAUGAUAAUGAAUAUAUGACUCACAUUUACGAUUGAAAUUGGGAUAGGGAUUGGAUUGGAAGUAGGAAAAGUAUGGAAGCAGAGGAGAGAGAAAGAGGAGAAGGGAUUGGGAAUGGAAGAAAGGUGAUUGUUUUGAUCGAAAAGGCAACCAACUCCACCGAACCCGAGGUGGAUCCCCGCCUCCUCAAUGCUAUCAAGGCGGUGGUCCGAUACUCCGAUUCCGAGCUCCGCCUCUCUGCCGAAAUUCUAAUGGAUCUCAUGAAGCGUGACCACUCGCAGGUUAGGUACCUUGCACUUCUUAUCAUCAAUGAGCUGUUCAUGCGUUCGAAGCUUUUUAGGACCCUUAUUGUUGAGAAUUUGGACCAGUUAAUGACUUUGAGUGUUGGGUUCAGGCGAAAUCUGCCUCUUCCUGCUCCACCAGCUGUUGCAUCUGUUCUGCAUUCUAAGGCCAUUGAGUUCUUGGAGAAGUGGAAUGUGUCAUUUGGGUUUCAUUACAGGCAGCUUAGAUUAGGUUAUGAUUACCUAAAGAAUACUCUUAGGCUUCAGUUUCCUAACAUACAGGCUACGUCUACAGUGGAAGAGAUUGAUGAAUGUUUGGACAUUUUGCACUCAGAGCAUGAAUCCAUGUCAGAUGAUAUCUUAGAUGAUGAUGAUGAUGAUGCUGCAUUCCGAUCCUUAGAGCUGCAGCGGAUUCGUCUUGAUGCAUUGAGAGAAGGGGAGAAAGUUUACGAGAAUAGUGAGAACAAGGUCAUUUUUGAUACCUUGAGGGAGCUGUACAAACUUCUAGUAACAAAGCAUUUGGUUUGCAUCCAAGAGUGGAUUUCUGUUCUAUUAAAAGUUGAAGUGGUAGAUAAUAGAUUCAGGGAUUCCUCUCUGAAACUAUUCAUAGAUAUCCUAAAUCGUCUCAAAUCAGUUAAAAGAAAAUGCGAGGAGGCAGGUUGUUCUCUUACAAACUCAUCAAAACCAAAUGAGGAAGAAGAUUUUUGGGAGGAGGGUAUUGUUGGAUCUAAUGUAACCUCAUUGAGUAUGACUAGUAAUGAAAACAAGGCUCUUGAAAUCGCAUUGAGUACAACUGGUAUAGAAAACAAAGCACCUGCCAUGGUAUCAAGUUCCCAUAGAAUGAAUAUGAAUAAUGACAAUCUUGGUUCAAACAAGAAAUGUUCUGCUGGCUCUAAUACUGACAGCAUGCAGCAUGGAAAAGAAGAAACUGAGUCAAAUACUCUGAGGAGUAAAUUAAUGGCUGAAGCCCCUGUGGUGCAUUGGGGUUCUAACUUGGAUGACUGGGGUUCACAGAGAGUUUAUAUGGCCAACCAGCGGGGCUUGGAGCUUCAAAGUCACUGGGGUAGGGUGGACAAUGAUAGAGUUCUUCCAGCAGACAAAAUUGAUGAACUGAAUGUUCAGGCCGUUCCUUAUGAAGAAGAGCAGGUUGAGAUACAACCAUGCGGUGCUCCUUUGAGGAAUGGUGGACUAUGUCAGAGAAGAGAUAUAAAAGUUUGCCCAUUUCAUGGACCUGUAAUUCCUCGAGAUGAUGAAGGGAGACCACUUGACAAUCUGAGCCCAUCAAAGGAAACAAACAUGAAUUUCAAGACUGAUUUGGUAGAGGAGUUGGCAAAACAAGCAGUGAAAAAUGUUCGUGAAAGAGACAAAGAGGUGGCAGAAAAGAGAGUAGUGGAUAAACGAUCAUUGAAGCGGGCAAAACUUGCUAAAAUUCGAGAGCACAAUGAAGUAGUCUUGCGCGAUGCUGCUUUGGCUUCAACUUCAAGAUCAGCGGCACUUGGGGAAGACGGUGAGGAUAGAUCAUCUGCCAAAGAAAAGAAGAAAGGUCUUGCAUCCAUGCUUCAAAAGAAAGUCACAUCCAAAGAUAGAAUUGCCCAAAAGCUUUUGGGUUCGCGGGCAAGGGGCUGCAGUUAGGCAGCAGCUUCUCAUGCUGCUUUAUUUUUCUUUGGCUGAUUAUAAUGUCCACCAAGAAUGAAGAAAAAAGCAGUUUGUUUGGCCAUCUGUAAUUUGGAGAGGAGCGAAAUUGAAAACAUAUUUUACCACAUUUUCUAUAAUUUUUUACCCGUAUAUACUAGGUGCCAAGAUGUGUUUAUGUUAACCAUAACUAUAAUUUGUUGCCAUAGGCCAAUAAAUGUUCAAUUCAUCAAUUAUUAUUCCCAUCAA